GGCGCGGAGCGGUGAGGACCCCGCGGACCUCCGCUCCGGGCUGGCGGGGCCCUGAGCAGCCUUCGCCUCAGUGUGCCGGAGGCCGGGGUGGGGGCCCGGGGUGGGCGCUGAUGCGGCGGGGGCUGGGCCGGGCCGUUGGAUUUUGUUGCAGGUGAAAGUCUGAGGAGUGUUAUGACUUCAAAGAUUGUUUUUGUCUAUUGCCCAUUGGGCCACAAAAAGAUAUGGCUACAGAAGCUAAGUACAACAUUGUACGGGAAGUGGGCCGAGGGAGCUAUGGGGUAGUUUACGAGGCAGUUGUCAGUCAAACCAGAAACAAAGUGGCCGUGAAAAGGAUGCAUUGUAACGUACCUGAAAAUGUGGAACUGGCUUUGCAAGAGUUUUGGGCCCUGCAAAGUGUUCAGAGCCAACAUGAGAAUGUGAUCCAGUUAGAAGAGUGUGUCUUGCAGAGUGGCCAAGUCUUUCAGCCAAUCAGCCGCCAGUACAGGAAAUCGGACAGUCAUCUGCUGCUGAUUGAGACCUGUCUGAAAGGGCGGAGAUGCAUGGACCCCAAGUCUGCCUGUUUUGUGUGGUUUGUGAUGGAGUUCUGUGAUGGUGGAAACAUGAAUGAUUUUUUGCUGUCUCGCACUCCAGAUUCUCAGCUGAAUAAUAGCUUCAUGCAGCAGCUGAGCAGUGCUGUUGCCUUCUUGCACAGAAAUCAGAUUGUGCACAGAGACCUGAAGUCAGAUAAUAUUCUCAUUUCCCAUAGCCCUGGAGGUCCUGUAGUAAAGGUAGCGGACUUUGGCCUGAGUAAGAUAUGUCAGGGGAAAGUGAAUGUGAACCAGCAUUGCUUCUCGUCAGCCUGUGGGUCAAACUUUUACAUGGCACCAGAAGUGUGGGAAGGUCGUUAUACUGCCAAAGCUGAUAUCUUUGCCCUUGGGAUCAUUUUCUGGGCUAUGGUAGAGAGGAUUACCUUCAGGGAUGGAGACUCUGAGAAGGAAUUACUUGGAACCUACAUCUGUCAAGGCAAGCAGCUUAUUCCUGUUGGCGAGGCACUGCUGGAGAAUCCCAACAUGGAACUACAAAUUCCUCUGAAGAACAAGAAGUCCAUGCCAGACGAUCUCUGCAGACUCCUGCAUGACAUGUUAACGUUUAACCCAAAGGAAAGACUGGAUGCCUUCCAACUAGAAAUUCGAAUCCGGAGAAUCUCCUAUGGGAAAAAGCGCCAACGUUCAUAGCAGCAAGGGGUGAUCAGGGCGAUACCCUGGAGCUCCUGUGAUAGCUGCAUAUUACGUUGCCAGCAGGAGGCAGCCCCUGCUGCAAUGGAAAGAAGGGAACAGCCUAAGAAGAAGAAGAAAAACCAUAAGUUGACAGACCGGAUUGGUCACUGAGAUAAGGUCAAUUUCCUGCCAACCAGCAGGCCCCAAUCAUAAUGCCAGAUUCCAAACUUUUAGCAGGUAUGAAAUAUUUAGCAAUUUAAGUCUAGCAUUUCUUGAGACACUAGACCUUCGCAUCUAUGUAGAGGUGUGUGCUGACACGCAUCUCUGGAGGUAUCUGAGCACCUUGAGAUGUUUCCAACAAUGUUCCCUCUAAUUUUUUCGCCCAUGUGCAGAAUACAUUUUGUUAUGUGCACCACAAUAAUGUGUGGAUGUGUGCCACCAGUAGAAACAAAAAACCUAGAUAUAAUAUAUAUAUUAAAAAGUUACCAAUAGGGAUAAUUAUUCCAGCUAGGACAAGUUAGGCAUUUCAGAACUCACUACUCAAAGAAUUACAUUUAAGUGUAAGAGAGAAAUAAAAAUUAUGAAAUGCAUACACCAGUCAAAAAAGUAAAAUAACACACUUUGAAAUAAUAAAAUUACAGAGAAUAUGUGUGUAUUGCAGGAAGUACCAACAAUUAACAGCAGCAGUGUUGGGAAGUGUGUGUCAUAGACAGUGUGUGUAUGUGUCACAGUGCAAGAGACAAAGGGAUUCUGUGUGUGUGUGUGAGAGAGAGAGAGACUGACUGUGGGGGUCACUGUGGGUGGGUGACAUUGUAUGUGUGUGAGACUGUUAGACACAGAGACUGUGUGUGUGCACGUGAGAGAGAGGGAGACAGACGCACAUACACACACACAGUUUGUGCGCUGGCUGCUGGGGAAGUUUCUGAGAGACGCCCGUUCGCUGUCUCUUUAAGGUACUCACUGAGAGCUCUCCUCCUCUCAGUUUCCGAUCACCCGUUUUCUUCGUCUUCUUCUCCCUCUUAUUAUUCUGUAACUGUAGUGAGUGGUAGCCCCAGACAUGGACCAGGACCCAAUUGUGCUAGGCGCUAAUCUCCAGUUUGAUUCUGUAAUGAUUACAGCAGCUAAUACCUCAUGAAGCACAGAAGCUAGCAGUGACUUGUGCAUACUAUAAGCUGCUAUAGAAUCUGGGUUUGUUAGCUCAGGUAGUAGGUGCAGAGAUCCCAGGUUCAAUCCUUGGCCUGUCAGUCUCAUGAAGGGGUUGAGUGAUGGAGUGUCAGUCCUGCAUUUGGCAACCUGUCGCACCUGCUUGCAUCUCCUCUAGAAUCUCAGAGAUGUGGCAGAGCUGGGAGCAAGAGCUCCCGUUGCUCUGGUAGUCACUAAAGGCUGCUCUUGCACACCGUGACACAACCUCAGAACAGAGCCAGCCAUCAGAUAAAACUGCAAGGGAGGCUCGAGGCGGGGAGGCUGCCCCAAACCCUCAGUGACACCUUGACUCCCACUACCCCUGUUAAAGCCACUUCCAUGGCUGCAUAAGGGAUGCUGACGGGAAGCAUCUGUGUACAAGCUUGCUCUGCAUUUGACCUGCACAAUGAUGGAGGUAGGGUGACCAGACAGUACGUGUGAAAAAUCAGGAUGGGGGUGGGGGGUAAUAGGAACCUAUAUAAGAAAAAGACCCAAAAAUCAGGACUGUCCCUAUAAAAUCGGGACAUCUGGUCACCCUAAAUGGAGGGCUUCAUUCACAAGAGUUGUCGAAUAAGCCAACCCUCUUCACCUGCAUUAACUCCACCCAGUAGUUUUAAAGGUGAAGUUUACAUAUUUGAAAAUAACCUGCAUAUAGUCAAAUAAGCUGAUUACAGGAUUUGCACAAAAUGCCACAUGGAGCUGGACACACAACCUGGCAGUGAGACAUUUGCCACUGCCCUGCAAAAGCACCUGUGGGCUCAACCUCAGCUGAGGGCCCCCCUGCUGCACAUGAGGUGGGAGAUCUCCAGCGUUCAGUCCCUCUUACAGCCAGCAAGAGGGCAGAUAGAGUUUCACAGGGAAGAGACCGGAUUGAGACAAGACCUGAAUUUCUAGAAGAGAAAAGCAAGCAGGUCCAGGACUAUAAAUAUAGCUUGGAAGGGGAAGAGCCAUCAACCCUUUCAGGCCUCCUUUCAACAUCCCAACACAGCAAAAAAGGGCACAACUGUAUUCCUCCUGCCCUGGGCAGAUCGUUCCUAUGAAUGCCCUAGCUGAGCCUUCUACCCUCAUGGGUGUGUUGUUUCUUCUUUGGCUGGUGCUAGGAAGUGGGGAAAUGUCCUCCCUGACCUAGCCAGAAAGAGGGGGCUAAAAUUAAUACAGAAGCAUGCAUGACUGGCUGCUGCCUCGCCCUUCUUGUGUUUUAAAAAAAUACAACUAAAAAAGCAACCUGAGUUGACAUCAGCUGUCCCUUAAGAAAAACGCAGGAGCUUUUGUAAGUUCUUCUUUAAUAAUGCGAUUUCCUGACAACCUCUUAGCUUUGGGAGACCUAGAGAAGUGGCUGCGGCAUCUGUGAAGGGCUGCUGAGCUGAAGCACAGUGAAUUAGCAACAGGGUGUGUGUGUGUUUCUUCACUGAACUCCUCCAAAUAACUAGCCAUGCCCGAGAGCCCAGAGGGGAAAAAUAUUAUGGGGUUCGUCCAUACUAAAUGCUAUGUGACAUACAAAUCCAGGCCCAAUCUCCCACCCUAUCCUACACCGCACGUUUACAGAAAGGAUACAGGCACCUUGUCGUAUUAGUCCAGCAGGACACCUUCACUUUUACAAAAAAACAGCAGGAGGGGUCUAUUUUAUGCUGGUUAGGUUCUUAUACUGCUCUCAGCACUGAAGUACAGAAUGACCACACUGGCAGCUGCAGGGAAAAACUGAUGCCAUCUUUAUCUUUUACAGCAUACAUAGACACAGGUCAGCCAACUAGCCCAGGGCUUAGCUACAUUUGAAAACACAGACCAGUGUAACUAAACCCCUUUAUGGCUUGUCUACAUGGGGGGAUUAUACUGUUUCCAUAACAACACUGGUAUAACACCGCCCAUGGACCCGCUUAUUCCCUAAGGAGAAUGUCCAUACAAGAAGUUAUAUCAGUACUACUAUACUAGCAUGAGAAUAUCAGUGUACUUCCCCAUGUAGCCCUUUGGUUCAGUCUAGUUACACCAGUGCAAAUCCCUAACCCAGAUGCACUUAUAAUGGUUUAAGCCUCACUUAAUGACCACAUUAAGCUAAACCAGUUUAGACCCUUCUUAAAGCAGUUUAGUUGACACAGUAUUUUACCAAAUUAAAUGUGUCUUACACUUUAAGUGGUUUAUCAUCAUUAGGGCCUAGACAGCUUUAGUUAUGCCAGUGCAACUGUACGUAUUCUUCUAUUGACUAAGCCCUGAUGUCUGGCCAGCACUGAGGAAGAGCUGGAUGAAGAUUAAACCCAGACAAACUACACCUCUACCCCGAUAUAACACGAAUUCGGAUAUAAUGCGGUAAAGCAGUGCUCUGGGGGGGCAGGGCUGCGCACUCUGGCGGAUCAAACCAAGUUCAUUAUAACGCAGUUUCACCUAUAACACAGUAAGAUUUUUUGGCUCCCGAGGACAGCGUUAUAUCGAGGUAGAGGUGUAUGUUAUUGCCGAUGGGUAGAAGGAAAUACUUUGAAGAGCUUGCUGCCCUCAAACAUCAUCCUACAUCAAGAUAUCUGCCCUUAAAUACCCAAGGUAGGCUAGGAGGCCUAGAUUCCUCACUGCUGUUGGAAUCUCACAUAACAUUGGUUGCAAUAAAAUACACCCUAUCAGCAACAGCUCUCUAGAUUGUGGCCUAGGUACUAGAGUGAUGGCUGCCACAAGAGCUGUGCCAGUCCGCUCAUCUCUGAUGCCUCAGUCAUGCGCCUCUGUACUUGAAAGCAUCAGCCUUGAGAAAGUUGCAACUGGUGCAGAACGCCUGUUCUCACUUUCAGGUGACAUUGUAAACAAGAAGCAGGCAGCAUUAUCUUCUGGAAAUGUAAACAAUCUUGUUUGUUUGAGCGAUUGGCUGAAGUAGGACUGA